ACCGGCGAGUGGAGCGCGGUGUACCUCUGGCGCAACGGCAUCAGGGACAAGGUAAACUGCGCGGCGUUCCCGGCGACGAUGAACGCGCUGUGCUCUUUGGACAACGCCGCUUUUAGAAACGUGUCCUACGAGGGCUUAGAGGAACCGGGAUGCGCGUUCGCGUCGGCGUACCUGAGCAAGCUCACGCCCGGGACGCUCGUCACGCCGCACUGCGGGCCGUGCAACGCGCGCUUGCGCGUGCACCUCGCGCUCCGCAUACCGAAGGAUGAUUCGCGCGUCGUUCGGUGGGAGGAGGGGCGCUGCGUGCUCUUCGACGACAGCUUCGUGCACAGCGCGGAUAAGAAACGGAGAGACGCGGACCGGAUAGUCCUCGUGUUGGACCUGUGGCAUCCGGCGUUGGGGCCCGGGGACAGGAACGCGGUGCGGGCGCUGUAUCCGGGGGGG